GCCUUGAUACUGAGUAGGCUUGGUUGAUUACAUGGUGUAAACAUGCUGUAUAAAAUACGCAGGACUACACCGCCAACGCCAAGAAAAGAUAAUCAGAAAAGUUGAAUUUGUUUAAUCGGUUUGUUUGUGUGAAAACUGAAGCGCGACCGGUGAUCGAAAAAUCUCUUUAGGGUCUUGGCUGCGUCUCAUGGCGAGUGAAAGUGGCGAUGAUCAACAGCUGAAGCUGUAUUCCUACUGGAGGAGCACUUGCUCCUUCCGUGUCCGAAUUGCUCUCAACUUAAAAGGGCUCAAAUACGAGUACAAAGCUGUAAACCUGUUGAAGGGAGAGCAAUUCAGUCCCGAGUUUACAAAGCUCAAUCCUAUCGGCUAUGUGCCAGUGCUUGUGGAUGGGGACAUUGUUGUUGCUGACUCGUUUGCCAUCUUAAUAUAUUUAGAGGACAAAUACCCUCAGCAUCCAUUGUUACCUCAAGAUCUUCAGAAAAAGGCCAUCAAUUACCAGGCUGCAAAUAUCGUUUCCUCAAGCAUACAGCCUCUACAGAAUCUGGCUAUACUGAAGUACAUUGAAGAAAAAGUUAGUCCCGAAGAGAAACUUGAAUGGGCUAAAGUUCAUAUUGGAAAAGGCUUUGCAGCUCUUGAAGAACUGCUGAACAACUAUGCAGGGAGAUAUGCAACUGGGGAUGAAGUUUUCUUGGCAGAUUUGUUUCUAGCACCCCAGCUUUAUGCAGCCAUUGGAAGGUUCCAUGUAGACAUGGCUCAGUUUCCCCUUUUGGCCAGGUUGCAUGAGGCAUACAGUAAGAUCCCAGAAUUCCUAGAUGCUCUACCAGAAAACCAGCCAGAUGCUCCUUCUUCAUAGUUAAAACCAAGGGGUUCAAGAUAUGAAACGUGCCGGUCCCAAAGUGCAGCGUAAAGUGCCUCAUAAUUAAGGUUUGAAAUGUUGUAAAGUACUUAGGUCAGGUGUUGAAAUUAAUGUUAUCCCAUGAUGGAUGUCGUAUAGUAGUCAGGUGCUGUAAUAAGUGAUAUCCCUUGAUAGAACUGGAGGUUGUUGUAAUGUAAAAUAUUGAGUGAUGUAGCGGUUCGGAUUGUCUGUCAAAAUAGUCUUCGGGAGUAGACUUGUACACAUCCUGUGUACUUGGAACAAUACAGCUUAUGGUCUUUUCCAUACAAUGAAUUGUUAUGGUUAUCAAGAAAGAGAACAUCUAAAUAUGUUUUCAAUU